AUGAUCAGGGAUCGUCAUGGCAAAGAGAGAGUCUUCUUUUGCUCCAAGUGCUCCAACAAUCACCCGGGGAAAGACUGUAGUGGAAAUUUGGUAGAGUGCAAAUACUGUGGCAAGCUGGGACACCGAGAGUAUGAGUGCUUUGCAAAGCAUGGGCAUCCAGCUCAACAACAUAAUGGGCAACAAAGCUCCAGACCGGGGAAUUUUAGAAAUAACAACAAUGGGAACGACCACAGUGGUAGGAAGCUGAACCACCAGAGGGAGUGGAAUGGAAACCGCACACCUCAAAGUACGACGGUAACUCAUCCAACUACGGGGAGGUUGACAGCCAUCAACAGCAAAGAGACAGAGUUGGCAAGGGAUGUGGUGACAGGUACGUUCCUUGUGAAUUCUGUACCUGUUAAAGUAUUGUUUGAUACUAGGGCAUCUGAUUCUUUUGUAUGCACAUCAAAGAUCGAUAAGUUAGGAUUAAAGAACCCUGAAUCCACCUCUAAUGUCGUAGCGAUUCCAUCGGGGGAGUUAUUUCAAUGUACUAGGUUACAUAGAGGAGUUCCUUUAACCAUAGGAGAAAUUGUUUUCCCUAGUAACUUUUAUGAGCUCGACAUGGAUGACUUAGACAUCAUUCUUGGGAUGGAUUGGUUAGGUCAUUUCAAGGAAGAAAUUGAGUGUGACAAACAAGAAGUGAGGCUUGUGGGACUUAAGGGAAAAAGGGUAAAGUAUAACAAGGGCACUUCGGGGUUACUUUGUUACUUGUGUCAGGUUCGAAGAAUAGAGGAUAAGAUUGUGGCUCUUGAGACCGUUCCCGUCGUAAAUGAGUUUAUGGACGUCUUCCCAGACGAAAUACUGGCAAUGCCACCUACUCGGGACUUUGAAUUUACCAUAGAAUUAGUGCUGGGGGCGGGACCCAUAUCCAAAGUGAACAAGGGACUGGCCCUGGCAGCUGGGGAACAGGAUGAGUCAGAAUGCGAUGAAGAAGAAGCUGCCCUACUGGCCAUGAUCGCUGCAUGGGGAGAGACUGAAAGUGAUCAUGAAACUGUUGUUCACGAAGAAGAAGGGACAACAAACCUAUGUCUCAUGGCUACGCAUGAAAGCAAGGAGAAGGAACCUAUAAGGAAGCAGGCUUAA